UUUUUUUUCUUUCUAUUUUUGAAUGGAGAUGCUUUUGAAUGUUAAUCUUUGUGUAGUGCAUUGCAGUGAUUUGAAUACUUAUUUAUCUGAUUGUAUCGUGAUUCUUUGUUCGAUUGUUGUAUUUUGCUGAAUUUGGUUUAUUAGGGUUUAGUGCUUGUGACGACUUUGUGCUUAUUACAACUCAAAUUUUUCGUAUACAGUAUGAUCUGCUUAUGUAAUUUAUAUUUUUUAGGGCCCGUUUGGAUGGAGCUUAUUUUGAACUUUGCAAAACAGCUUAUGCAAAUAAAUAAGCGUUUAUUUAUUAUUUAUAAACAUGUUAAGGUAGUUUAUGAAAAAACAACUUAUGAAGAUAAAAUUUUAAUUAGUGAAAACUUAUGAAUUAAUAUAAAAGUCUAUUUAUUUGCAUAAGCUUAAAAUAAGCUCAAUCCAAACGGGUUAAUCAACUUUGAAACUGAGUUAAUCCAUUUCAUAGUUUUUUUAAGAAGUUAAAUUAGACCAUCUAAAUUGACACCAAGAAAUUGAACCUAAGACCUUGAUGAGGAGCACACUCUAAGGUACUAAACCAACAAAAUGGAAGAAGAAAAAAGCACGAUAGAGGCUUUGCCAGAGGGAUGCAUUGCCAAGAUAUUGUCGCAUACAACUCCAGUUGAUUCAUGUAGGCUCUCACUUGUUUCCAACAGCUUUUGUUCCGCCGCUGAAUCAGAUAUUGUUUGGGAUCGUUUUCUCCCAUCUGAUUUGAUCUCAAUCGUUUCUGAUUCUCAGUCUGCUUCCUCAUUGUUUACCACCUCUCCCUCCAAGAAGUCUCUAUAUCUCACUCUCUCUGACCAUCCUAUCUUAAUCAACAAUGGUAAAACGAGUUUUCAAUUAGAGAAACAGAGUGGUAAAAAGGUAUACAUGCUUGGUGCUAGAGAUCUCUCCAUUGCUUGGGGUGACACUCCUUGCUAUUGGGAUUGGAUAAUCCUACCAGAGUCCAGAUUCCAAGAAGUUGCUAGGCUUCGUACGGUGUGCUGGUUUGAAAUUAGUGGGACAAUUAAUAAACGUGUUUUAUCCUCAGAUAGUCAAUACGUAGCUUUUCUCGUGUUUAAGAUGAUCAACGCAUAUCGUUUUGAAGAUCUUCCUACCAAGUUAACCGUGGGUGUACUUGGAGACCAAGUAGGUUUAUCUACCAAAAAUGUUUGGUUGAACCCAUACUAUGAUGAUAGAGAACGGAAUGACGAGUUCCAAGGACUAGAACGUCCAAAAGUGAGAAGUGAUGGAUUUUUGGAGAUCGAGAUGGGAGAGUUCUUCAAUUCAGGCCUAGAAGAUGAAGUUGUUGAGAUGCGUGUACUUGAAAAUGGUGGUCAACACAAAGGUGGUUUCAUUCUUGAAGGAAUAGAAAUAAGACCUAAGAAGUGAAGGAUCGAGUUCAACGCCAAAAGAAAAGGUUCUUUCCAUAUUUGGAUAUUCGGAUAGAAAAUGAAAAUAAUAUGGAAUUAUAUAUUGCUUCUUCAUAAUUAGCUUUUAUUUUAAAAUGACAUUAGUUUGGAAAUUUGACACUUUGAUGUUGAAAAAUUGAAAACUUGUUUUGGACAAUUUGAAACUUGCAGUUAUGUAGAAUUUUGUAUGCGAAUAUAUUAUGUUGGAGCAUAUGUAAGAAACUUUAUUGGUGAAUUGAUAUUGGAUGAUAUCUGUAUUGGUUAAUGUGGUGUUAGAAACUU